AUGGCCACAACAAAAUUAUCAACAGGUGCAACAGCUGAUCUGGCUGAAUCCCGUGAGGUUGCCAGCAGUGCAGGGUCUAGCGCCAAAAGUUUUCAUCUAAUCUGGUUAGCUGAUGAAGUUGAAGAAAUCAAGAAAAAGUCUCCCCAAUCAUUCACUUAUCUACAAGGUAUCUUCGGUUCCUUCGAGGUAUUCAGCCAAAGCGAUUUGGGUGUCAAUUUCCUCUUUGAAAACACCAAUAAAAAAAUCGUCAUGAUUGUCUCCGGUGGUUUUGGCCAAAACACAGUACCAGCUAUACAUGAUAUGCCCCAACUAAAGUCUAUCUUUAUUUUCUGUCACAAAGUAGCUUAUCACGAGCAAUGGGCGAAAGGAUAUCUGAAAGUAAAGGGUGUAUUCAAUAAAAUUGAUACUUUAUGUCAAGCAGUACAACAAUCUGUACAAUAUCAUGAACCCAGUCCACCUAAAUCGACAACUCUUAUGCUAAAGCCUUCGCCUGCCAGACAUCGUUCACGCACACCGGAGCCAUCACCAUCACGGGCAACUCGCCCUGAUAAAGUGCCCACAGUUGACGAUCAACGGCCAUCACCAAGCCAUUCACCGAGAAAAGAAGAUGGCAGCCAUGAUUCUUCUCUGGUUAAUCCCUUGAAACCAGCAAUGAGAACCAAGCCAAAUUCGCAAGAAAGGUUACCGUCGGCCUUGGAGCGACUUGAAAAGACUCUAAUUACAACAGCUGAACAAAACCUACGACAUAGUCUUACUGAAAGGAAUAAUAUCACUCAAACGACAUCGUCUAACGUUGCUGUAAUAGAUCGUUUACAAGCUACUCUUGUACAAACAAUCGAGAAACAUAUGGCGACGAAAAAAGAUGACUCUGUGGAACUGAACAAAAUGUUCACCGAACUAAAACAAGUAAUAGUUGAUGCAGUUGUGCAACAACAGUCUACAGUAUUACAAGAUGUCAUCAGACAAACAGUACUCGAUGCUUUCAAGGAACAGCAGAAACCAACAUUGGAGUCUUCUUCUCCUUCUAGUACUAUUGAAAUGACACGUGAGCGAAAACCUAUCAUUAUGACGAGUAAACCCGAGGUUAAAAUUGCUGCUGAUCGUAAGAAGACACGUGUCGAUGCUAAUUUUCGACAACAACGCGAUGCUGUUGUUGCCAAUAAACAAUUACGUGCUGCCGUUCAACAAUGGUCAUCAAUAAAAUCAAUGGCUGAUCUUGCUGCCGAAAUCAAGAAAAACGGAAAAAACGAUUUAGAACGUGCAUGGUUACUCUUCUGUUGGAUUGGUCAAAAUAUUCAAUAUCAACCAUAUUGUAAUAACAAUGCUGCAGAAACUGUUUUUCGUACAAAGCAAGGUGUUUGCCGAGGCUUUGUUAGUCUCUAUCAUGAAUGUUGCUCAUUGUUAGGUAUUGAAUGCUCGGAAAUAGGUGGAUAUUCUAGACAAGCUUUUCUUAAACCAGGUGAAGAACUCAAACAAUCACUUCAUGCUUGGAAUAGUAUUGUACUUGAUCAAUACACUUAUCUAAUUGAUCCAACAUGGGGUGCAGGAGGUAGAGAUUAUGACAAAAAACUUGAAGAUUUCUACUUUCUUACAUCACCUGAAGAAUUUAUCUAUACACACUAUGUCAACGGAUAUCAAUUACUCGAUCCAGAAAUCAGCAAAGAAGAAUUUCUUGUCUUGCCUGUAAUGAAAUCAACCUACUAUAGACUCGGUUUGAAAUUGCUAUCACCCAAACAGGGUUUAAAUGAGACAAAUCAAAAUUUAUUUAAAAUUGCAAUUCAAACACCGGCACAUGUUGAUCUGUUUGCUGAUUUGAAAGUCGGAGAUAUUGAGUAUCCACGCAGUUUGCAUACAUUAUGUCAACGAGAUGAGACCAAAAGUGAUAUUUACAAUUGUUUUAUUGCUCCACCACUCGAUGGUCUCUACGAAGUAGGUAUCUUUGCAAAAACGAAUGAUGAAACUAUGUACAUAGAUACGAUCAAUAUGCGUUUGCGUGUCUCAAAUAUAGCUGAUGCAUUCAUGUUUCCAAUCACAUAUGCAACUUUUACAGAACACCGUUGUAUUUUGAUUGAGCCUUUUCGACGUCUCGUACAUGAAAAUGAACAAGUAUUGAUUCAUAUGAUAAUACCAAAUGCUAAUGUAAUCAAAAUUAGAAACGGUGACGAAUAUAUGGUGCCUUUCAAAGAUGAAUAUAAAAAUGGCGUAUUAAAAAAACAAGUACGCGUUCAGGGUGAUCUCCAAGUUUGCGGCCGAUGGGACGAUAAAGCCGAUUCAAUUUCAAUUCUUUGCAUCUUUAACAUGAUUUGA